UUCUCAGUCUGGGGUUCUUGAGCGGUGUGGGUGGGUGGGUUCAAGCAAUUGCAGGGAGUAAGUAGAGGAGGGGAGGUGGGAGACCUUUGGGGGGUUAGCAGGUUGAGGCCAGGAGAGCCAUGAAAACUGAGGCUGUCCUUCUGAGCCCUUUAUCCUCUUGGCAGGACCGGAGUCUCUCCUCACUCCUGGAGGGGACAGCAUAGGACCGCACCCUCGAAAGCCAGGCCAGACACGCAGCAGCCACAGCCAGAACCGCUCCACCCCUUGGGGCUCUCCUUAGGGAAGUGCCUUCUAAGCUUCCAAUGAAUUCCGGCUGCGGAGUGUGGCUGCCCCAGUCUCCCCAGUCUCCUGCUGUAGCCGAAUUCCAGCCUGGCCCGCAGCUAGCCCUGUCUGCAGCUCCAAGGGUGGUAGGAGCAGGGGGUGCUGGGUUCGCCCCGCCUCAGGAGGAAGGGGGGGAUGCCUCCCUGCCAGUGGGAGGGGUUGCAGCCUGCGCUUCCCCUCCCCACCCACCAGCCCUGGGUUAAAUGCGGCCGCCGCCUCUGCGUGCUCCAGCUGCCUGGCAGUCCCCACCUAGGGCACGCUGCCACAUCGUUACCUGGUCCAAGUGCCCGGGAGGCUCCGCCUGUCGGCUUCGCUCUGCAGUUGCAUCUCUGAUCUGUCCGGCAGGCUCAGGCUCUGACAGCUCCAUUCUCUGUCCCCAAGCGCCAUGAGAGGCCUUCUUUGCUGUCUCGUGUUGCUGUUCCUUCUUCAGCCCUGGGAAAGCCAGCUCCAGUUGGCAGGUCCCAGGUGUCACACUGGGCCCCUGGAUCUGGUGUUCGUGAUUGACAGCUCCCGCAGCGUGCGCCCUUUCGAAUUCGAGACCAUGCGGCAGUUCCUCGUGGGCCUCCUCCGAGGCCUGAACGUGGGUCCCAACGCCACGCGCGUUGGCGUGAUCCAGUAUUCGAGUCAAGUGCAGAGCGUCUUCCCUCUCCGUGCGUUCUCGCGCCGCGAGGAUAUGGAACGCGCCAUCCGUGACCUGGUGCCGCUGGCGCAAGGCACCAUGACGGGACUGGCAAUCCAGUACGCCAUGAACGUGGCCUUCAGCGUGGCCGAGGGCGCGCGCCCGCCAGAGGAGCGUGUGCCGCGCGUCGCUGUCAUCGUGACAGACGGGCGGCCCCAGGACCGCGUGGCCGAGGUGGCGGCACAGGCCCGCGCCCGCGGCAUUGAAAUUUACGCGGUGGGGGUGCAGCGCGCUGACGUGGGCUCCCUGCGCGCCAUGGCAUCGCCUCCGCUAGACGAGCACGUCUUCCUCGUAGAGUCCUUCGACCUCAUCCAGGAGUUCGGCCUGCAGUUCCAGAGCCGGCUGUGUGGGAAGGACCAGUGUGCUGAGCCGGGACAUGGUUGCCAGCACCAAUGUGUCAAUGCCCCGGGCACGUUCCACUGCACCUGCAACCCGGGCUACAAGCUAGCAGCAGAUAACAAGAGCUGUUUGGCCAUUGACCUGUGUGCUGAAGGAACCCAUGGAUGUGAGCACCACUGCGUCAAUUCCCCGGGCUCCUAUUUCUGUCACUGCCAAGUUGGCUUUGUACUCCAGCAGGACCAGAGGAGCUGCAGGGCCAUUGACUACUGCAGCUUUGGCAACCAUAGCUGUCAGCAUGAGUGUGUUAGCACCCCUGGUGGGCCACGGUGCCACUGCAGAGAGGGCCAUGACUUGCAGCCCGAUGGGAGGAGCUGUCAGGUCCGGGACCUUUGCAAUGGCGUGGACCAUGGCUGUGAGUUCCAGUGUGUGAGCGAGGGCCUCUCCUACCGCUGCCUGUGCCCCGAGGGGCGGCAACUUCAGGCAGAUGGCAAGAGCUGCGACCGGUGCCGGGAAGGCCACGUGGACCUUGUUCUGCUGGUUGACGGCUCCAAGAGCGUGCGUCCACAAAACUUCGAGCUGGUGAAGCGCUUCGUGAACCAGAUUGUGGACUUCCUAGACGUGUCCCCCGAGGGCACGCGCGUGGGACUGGUGCAGUUCUCGAGCCGCGUGCGCACCGAGUUCCCUCUGGGUCGCUACGGCACCGCAGCCGAGGUGAAGCAGGCGGUCCUGGCUAUGGAGUACAUGGAACGCGGCACCAUGACAGGGCUGGCGUUGCGGCACAUGGUGGAGCACAGCUUCUCAGAGGCACAGGGUGCGCGGCCCCGUGCCCUCAACGUGCCUCGCGUUGGCCUGGUCUUCACAGAUGGCCGCUCCCAGGAUGACAUCUCGGUGUGGGCAGCGCGUGCCAAGGAGGAAGGCAUCGUCAUGUAUGCCGUGGGCGUGGGCAAGGCGGUGGAGGCGGAGCUGCGUGAGAUCGCCUCGGAGCCAGCUGAACUGCACGUGUCCUACGCCCCCGACUUCGGCACCAUGACGCACCUGCUGCAGAACCUCAGAGGCAGCAUCUGCCCAGAUGUGGUCCGCAGGCCAGCGGCAGGGCGGUCACCCAGUAGCUUCUUAGAACUGAGGCGUUUCUGGUGCUCUCCAGACCGAAUGAAUCAGAAUUUGCACUUCGACAAGAUUCUCAGGUGAUUUGUAAGCAUAUUAAAGUCUAAGAAAUCCUAGACUAGGCUACCAGUCCCCCAAAUCAGUGGAGGUUCAGAAUAAUUUGGGAAUUUUUUUUUCAAGGCACAGCAGACAGCAUUUGUAAGUGGAGUCACAGCAUAUAUCCCCUGAACUUGUUAGAAUUCAACCCAAAGUGGCAGGACUGGGUAUAUUUUAAGUAUGCAAAGGCAUGUCUUUUUCUUUUCUUUUCUUUUUCUUUUCUUUUCUUUUUCUUUUUCUUUUUUUAUGUGGACAGCAUACCUCAUAAGUGCAAUCCCUCUACUUCAUCAUCUGGUGCUCAGCUGAGGAAAAGGAGACUAACUCUACUUGUGGAGGAGAAGGGGGCUCUUGAGUCCUGUGUACUGUGCUCUAGGUGAUAUAGGGAAUGUCUCCAGGGUAACUUUUACUCUAGAGACUUUAGACACUAACCCAGGCUUAAGAUGUGAUUCUUCUUCCAGUUUAUUGGGCUCCAGCUCCAGAA